AUGGGAUCAACUAUAUUCAUCGGAGCUAAAAACAUUCCGCGUCCACAGCUUACUUUCAAGGAUACAAUUGAUAAUUCUGAGAAUUUGUGGGUGCCCAAAAUUUCAGACAAACCAAACAACAUCAAGCCUUUGGCUUUAAACAUUUUGUAUACCGAGAAGGGCGAAGCUUCGAAAUUCGACUACCGGGGGACCACUAGUAUACACAAUGAUGUAAUCAUUAAAACGAUAAUAAAAAUUUGUAACAGAUAUGAGCAUCCAUACCAAAUGGAGUUGGACAUGUAUAACCCUCCGUCGCAGUUCAUCGAUCCCGAUCCGGAGCCUCCCAUGUUUCCACCCCCUCUGGAGGAAACGAAAUUCACUUACAUAGAUAUAGAAUCGAAGCUAGACGAGUUGGUUGAACACCUUAUGGCCGUCGAACAAAUUGCUGUAGAUGUAGAACAUCAUUCCUAUAACCUAUCAGGUUUAUAUUUAAUUUUAGGCAUAACGUGCCUCAUUCAAAUAUCAACUGAUGAAGGAGGAGACUUUAUCAUUGACGCUCUCGCUGUAAGGGAACACAUACAUAAACUGAAUGUCGUCUUCACUGACCCCAAGAAACUAAAGGUGUUCCACGGUGCCGAUAGCGAUGUUCUUUGGCUUCAACGUGAUUUCGGCGUGUAUUUGGUGGGUCUUUUCGACACAUACCACGCAGCCAAGUCACUAGGUCUGCCCGCGCUUUCGCUCAAAUUUCUUUUGAUGAAGUAUUGCGGCGUUGACACCGAUAAAACGUAUCGUCUGGCGGACUGGCGCAUUCGUCCGCUUCCGGACGUGUUGAUCAAGUACGCUCGCAUGGAUACGCACUAUCUUUUGUACGUUUGGCGCGUUAUGAAGAAUCAAAUAAUCGAGAAGAAUGCUGGACAAACGAAUAUGCUACUGUCGGUCUUCGAGGACAGCCGUCAGACUUGCGCCUCUACAUACAAUAAAGAGGUGAUUCACGACGAGAGCCACAUACCAUUAUACAUACGUUCGAAGAAGAAUUUCGAUAAUCAGCAAAUGGCGGCUCUUAAGAUGCUCUACAAAUGGAGAGACUCGCAGGCGCGGCAACUGGACGAAAGCACCACGUACCUUCUGCCGAACCACAUGCUGCUGUCGCUCUCCGAGAAUCUGCCGCGCGAGCUACAAGGCGUCAACGCUUGCUGCGAUCCGAUGCCGCCAUUCGUCAAACAGAAUGUGAUAACCAUCCAUCGUAUGAUCUUAUCGGUCAGUUUUUUAAUCUCCAUAAAAAAAUUGGUGGCUAGCUACGUGAUAAACGCUAUUCGUUUAAAAUUUAACGAUAGAUAUUUCUAUAUAGGACGAACGUUGAAAUGUUGCUUGUGA